AUGUAUGAUAAUAACUCAUUAGUUGGUGGGUCUCCAGAGCAGCAGAUCAAUGAGCAGGUCAUAAUUGUGCAGCUUCUGGUGAUAAUUUUUCUUUGCAUCAACCUUUUGCUUGUCAUAACUUUUUUUAAAAAGGAGUACUUCUACACAACUACGCGCUACAUCUUAUUUGCUGUUACCCUACUGUCUGAUAGCUUUAUCUUAUUCAUGUCUGAUGUCCUGCUCAUCUUAACCUAUUAUCAAAUUACUACUAUGGAUGUUUGGUUAUGCAUCAUUAUCUCUGUUGCAGUAUUUCUGUAUCUUAUGGUCACACCGGUUACUCUGACAGCAAUGACCCUGGAGCGCUAUGUGGCCAUAUGCAUGCCCCUGCGCCACGGAGAGCUGUGCUCCACACGCAGCACUGUGUACUGUAUCCUCAUCAUUCAUGCCCUCAGCUCUGUACCCUGUAUUGUUAUUCUCUCAACUUUCUUUGCAUCAGCCCAUCUUAGCUUUUACACACAAUACAGAAUAUGUACUGUGGAGAUAUUCAUUUUGUACACAUGGCAGGAUCAUAUUCGAUCAGCUGUGCACCAGUUUUACUUCUUGAUGAUGUGUAUUACUAUUGUAUUCUCCUAUGUUAAGAUAAUGACAGUGGCAAAAGCUGCAUCAGGAGAGGAUAAAAAGUCAACAUGGAAAGGGCUCAGAACAGUAAUUCUUCAUGCCUUUCAGCUGCUGCUCUGUCUCUUCCGUUUGUGGUGUCCUCUCAUAGAAGCUGCUGUACUACAGAUCAAUUUCAGGAUAUUUAACAAGGUUAGGUACUUUAACUACAUUAUGUUUAGCCUUGCUCCAAAGUGUCUGAGUCCUCUCAUUUAUGGUCUCAGAGAUGAAAUGUUUUUUCUUGAGCUAAAAAAGUAUGCCCUCUUUGGCCUGUAUAAGAGAAUCACUGAGAAAGGCCUCAGCUGA